AUGAAACGAUUACUUACGAUAGAAAAAGAUCAAACAGUCCUCAAUAACUUACACAACGCUCUGAAAGAUAGUACAAGGAGGCUAGGACUAGAGAAGAGUACAACCAUACAUCUGAGAGGGAUGGACGCAGACACUACCCUAGAAGACAUUAAACAAUCGAUUAUAGAAAUCACGGGCAAAUGGAAAGACAAUAAUAAGAUAAGCGAACUCCGUCCACUUAGCAAUGAUAUCCUAGCAGCAAUCCUCACUCUAAAAUCAAACGACCCUGAUAAAAUUUUGAAGGAAGGCUCCCUGCGGGUGGGUCUAGUCAAAUGUAUAGGGUUAAGAAGAGAUUAA